UCAAGAUCCUCGCGUGGUUUUAUAUUCGCCUAUAGGAGGUAGAUUUUAUAUAAUUUAGAUUAGCCAUAUGACGUGGGAAGUACAACCUCUCUGCCGAUGUUGGAUUCUGCGAUAACGUCGGUUGAGGCUCUUACAUAGCCUUUAGUGCAUUUUGUAAUGUUAGGUAGUUGAUAAUAAUGUAAUAUAUCAUUGGGCAAAUUUUAAAUUCCGUCGAAGCGACUAUUUACGUAUGAUUCAGGGUUACAACUUCUCCUUUACGUUAGUAUCGGCAACAUUGACGUUGGCCUAUGGGCCACUUCCAAGCUUUUUGUCACUGAAUACGGCCAUUCCUACCGUUUGAGUGACUAUAUAAUAUGGAGGCCAAUGAUGUGAACGACAAUGUUGAGGUGGACAUCGCCCCUGAUGAUGACGACAUUACACUGGAUAAGCCGGAUGAUGCAAUGCAAGUAGAAACCAGUUUGGAAGUUGGUGACAGCCUUCCUAUUACAGGAGAUUCUAUCGAAAGUGGUUCUGAUGUUCCAAUGGAUGUAACAGACACCAUGGAGUCUGCUGCGGCUGACGAUGUUGACGCCCAUAAGCCAAGCCCACCCAAUGUGGCUGUUACCGAUGGCACUGAUAAACCAGCUGAUACAACCAUCCCCGACAAGGAUGUUGUUUCUGACGAAGACCGUAAACACCUAGAUGAACUUAUGGGUGUGUUGGUUACUUUUGCGGAAAAGCUUGCCGAUUCCAUUGCUGAGGACGAGGAUGAGGAGGGAGCUGUUGAGGAGGACGAGGUGCCUUUUGAGCGCAUAGCUGACCACAUUACUCACAGUCGUGUUGUCCAGCUGCUUAAUCUGCCACCUGAGAUUGAGGUUAACGCUAUAUGUGCCAUUAUAGGUGGUAUUGACAGUAUUGUGGUACGAUGCUAUUCUUUGAAUCCUUCCGAGAUCAAUAUAGUCUUUGUAUCACCUGCGAUAGCUGAUGAGGCCCGUAAAAGGCUGGAUAGUAUGAAAGUUCACAAUCGCACUAUACAGGCCAUCCUAUGCAUAGAUGAGGAGCACAUUUCUGAGAGGGUUCCCAUGAGGCUUCAUCCUGGCCCAGUUAUCCCACCGCCUAUUAUACUACCACCUCUUCCUCCGGUUAAAAUGCCUCAUCCUAUGAGACAUCUACCCAUGAUACCACCAAUAUAUCCUAUACCACCUUUUCCGCCAAAGGGUGCGCCUCCCUUGCCAAUUCGACCUCCGGUAAGGAUCCCUGAGCAUAAAGACAGGCGGAUGCCACCUGUGCCACGCAUGGUAGGACCUCCCGUGGAGCCUCAUGGCAAGGGAUUAUUUGGGCGAAACAUUCAUAAGCGCAUGGGCAAGUCUUUGAUGGAACUUUUGUCUGCGAUACCUCAGGUGUCGCAUUGGUCACCCGAUCAGCCAAUGGAAGAUCAACAGCGUAAUUACGACGUGCUGAAUAAGGACUACGGUAUAAUUAACCGUUACUUAUUGGUAGGUGGUUUGCCUGGAGGCGUGACUGAUGGCAUCAAUGAGGCAAAGAACUGGUUGUCCACUUACACUUCGAAGAAGGUAGAAAUCGAAAUAUGUCGUAUGGAAGGUUACGCUAAAGACCUAGGGUUAGCUUCGGACACAUUCCUACACUUAACUAUGCAUCGCAGGACUGACUGCAUCGACAUUCGUUCUUUGUUAACCGUCAAAUGCCCUGAGGUGAUCUGUCGUUACUCUGGUCCUCGCAAGGCUUACGCUUCUUUGUGGAUUGGCAAUGUUGCGGAUACUCUAUCCUACUGCCACGAUGAGCUUGAACUGAAAGAUCUAUUAUCGCGUAUUGGCGAUCUCAGGACAUUCAAGUAUUCCACUGAUAAAUCAUGUGUAUUUGUAACCUACGGCAAUAGUGAUAAUGCCAAUAAAGCUCGCAACAGGAUUUUGGGUGCGUCAUUCUCUGGUGUUAACGCGUUGGGCCUUAACGUUGACUUUACUGUGGAUGUACCUGGAAGCAGGUAUGGACAAAAGUACAAGGCAGCGCCUGUGGAUGCUCGCGGCAGUGGUGACAAUGAUCUUUCUCAGAAGCUAGGAGAGCGGUUAUUAUCAGCGCUACAAAAGCGGUCCGAUGGUGACGUUGUGAUUCGUCAAUUGUUAGACGGUCGUGAUGGUGAUGCCAUGAAUAUCCUUGCUAAGGGUUCAUCUCGUUACGGCAGCUCCCGGGGGUAUGAAUCCCGGUAUUCAGAUAACUACAGGCAUGGUAGAGGGGGUCACUCUUCACCAUCUCGCACUCCUUGGGAUCGUUCACAUAAGCGUGGUCGCAUGUCACCAGAGUACGAUCGUGACAACAAGUAUCGCAAACCAGGUCCCAUGCAUGGCAAAUUCAGUCCUAAUGGCCGUGACGACGACCGGAGGUCUCGCAUACAGUCGCCUAUAUCACCUAUUCCUAAAGAGCCUGAUGAAAGUUCCGUACCACCGGUUGAGCCUGCACGCCCCAAACAGCCUCGAUCGGUUGUUUGUGACCUUUUGAAGCGCGGUAAGCCGAUAUGUAAGGUAUCAGCGCAGUAUGUGCGUGGUGACAUAUCUCACAAGAUACCUGAGAUGCUCGAUGUGAAUCAGCGUGCCAAUCCGGAACGUUUGGCAAACUACUUGCUAAAGGCCCCGGAGUUAUCAAUGUGGCAGCUAGGUGCUGAAUGUAGUGAUGACAGUGUGAAAUACGACAGUCUGUGUGACUAUUUGAUAUCGAAGAAUAGGAUCGCUCUGGUACAGGAGGGUCCGUAUGAUAUAUACAUAGUACCACCUUCGGAGAAUGCCACUCUAACACAGUACAUACCCAAUUCGCAGUUUAUGUAUGCCUUUGUGCUUCCCAAAGGCUGAUACUUAUAUUAGUCAUGUUGGUGUAGCGGUAUUCC